AUGCUGGAAAGGCCAUCCAAUCACUUUGUGCCAAUGAGUAGAGGAAAGCAAGCCGAGGUAUGGCAUGGAAAAAUCGAGAAUCUCACCUCGAAAAUCAGCACAUCUUACAGAUCUGUUUUACAGUUGGAUGCUAGAGUGAGCGCUAGCUGUUUGGUGGAACUGAUCGACUCAGUGUUAAACAAUCUGAAUGAUCUGCUACGCCGUGAGACCAAACAACCUAUUGACUCUACCAAGGAACAAAUGGAAGUUCUUGAAGUCAAGUUCCGGUUUCUACAGAAUUUUGCUUGGUUUAGCUCACAAAGUUGCAUCGAGCAUCACAAGUUGGAAGAUCUCUUGAGAAUAAUUGAAGUUGUGGCAACCACUGUGGCGUGUGUCUUGUUCCAGUGGUUAUUCGAGGAUAUGGAUAAAACAAUGGAAACCAAGUUCUCUCAGGUCUUGGUGACGAUUCAGCUCAUUGAGCCAGAGUUGAGGUAUGCAUACUUCAGAAGCCUGAAGCUUUCGCUACCAUCGCGGCUGAAGGAAAACAUUCCCAUGGUAGUUGCUAUUGGCUUUCUCUGCUGUUUCCACAACGAUCUCAAGGAGCUCCUAAGUCCCAAAGCAUAUCUGAUGGCUUCUGCAAGAGAUCAAGUGUGCAACCUUUGCGAGGAGCUGAAUUUUGUGAUAGCAUUUCUGAGGGAUGUCCGAAAGAUGGAUGACAGCAAAAGCGCAGAGGAUCUCUUGGCACAUACCAAAGCUGUGGCCACAAAGAAGGCGCGUGUCAUCCACUUGCUUCUUGUAAUAAGCAAGAAUGAAGACGAUGCCAGUCAAGCCAGCCCUUCCGUAUUCUUUGAUCUCCUAAAUGAGAUCGAUUUCAUUAAAAAAGAGAUGAUUACAGAUAAGUAUCUUGAUAUCUGGAAGUCAAUAAGAUCAAACCUGAUUCCAAAGGUUAAUUCAUUGGGAUUAAUUGAUUUUCUUUUAGGAAUUAUUAAUGUGGUCCUUGAUAACAAGAAUGAUUCAAUUGCUUUCGUUGGUCAUCAACUUGAAAUAGUCAAGACUGAGAUAGUGUCCCUCAGAUCUUUACUUUGCGUCAGUGAUCUUAAGAUGGAGAUAACUGAUGUGGUACACGAGGCAAAACAUGCUCUCGGCUCUCUUAUCAUACGGGAAAGUCCUUGUUGGCAUUGUAUGUUACAGCUCUCCAAUGUUAUAAUAAAAAUUCAGUCUGUCAACAAUAAAGUGGCUUCUUGCUUUGAUAGCGAUCAGAUUGUUGUGAUUGGGGUGGGCACUAGUGCACAGAAUUCGGAUUCUUCAUCAGAAGUACAUAUGCCACCAGUGAAAUGUGAAAUAGAAACAAAGGCUACAGAAGUCUGA